AUGUCUGACAGUGUGGACGGAAGUGACGGCGUGGGGGUCAAGUAUCGAGUGUGUAUGGCGAAACACACUGCUACCCAGUACCAACUCAACCGUGGUUCCCGGGUACGCAGCGGUGCGUUCGGUUUCCGUCCGCCCCAGAACCAAGCUGCCAGACCGGGAAGUGCCUGGCGAAGAGGACAAGGCCCCCUGGACGGCAAUCUAUCUAUCGCUUGCCCCGGCUGGGAGUCCAUCACGGCUAGGUAG